AUGAGCAGAAUGCUAAUUGAUGUCCCAGCAGCAGGAGAGGGAUGCUGUACGUGGAAGGAGCUAGAUUAUUCUUGUAGAGUCAUGGUUUCUCAUGGGAAGAUUGAUACCAACUUCACCAACACCACUGCAUUAGAAAACUAUAACCAGUAUGAAUCAAAUAAAAGGCACAGAUCAGGCGUCAUUCUUGAGGAGCUUUCAACAUUCAUCCUCCCACAACCAGUGUCAGCGCAGACAGCUAUGCAUAUUGAUGAAAUGUUAGCCGGAAUCCAUUAUUAUACCCCAGAACACGCACCUUACUCGGAGAUGAUACACAGAGCUAUUGAUCAUGCAUUAAAGGAGGGAAAAGGGUCAAGUCAAGCUUCUAUAUCUUUAUAUUUAAAAUCACAGUAUCAUGACCUUCCAUGGGCUCACGAGAGUUUUCUAUCUCACCACCUUGCCCUGCUAGCUACCAAAGGAGAGAUCACCAUCACCCCUAAUGGGUGCUACAUGUUCCCACCAUCAAGCCAUUACCUCAAGAACCAACAACAGGGGAGAAAGGAAGUGAAGAUGCCGUUAACAAUGCAAUACUCAAAUAUUGGUGAAGGAAACCUCUCUGUUAAGCCAGCAAUAACAACUAGUAUACCAUUGCUAGCACAAGCAGAUGAACCACAAGUAAUUAGAGCGGUAGUUGAAGUGAAGAAGCGUAGAGGGAGACCGCCAAAUAAAGAGAAAAUGGAGGCAAAGGAGAAGGAGAAACAAACAAAGGCAAGAAGGAAACAAGAUUGCUCGAACUUGGGAGGAGGUCAAGAGAUAUUGGUUAUAAAGGAUAAGAAGGUAUAUUAUGGGCCAAAGAAACGUAGAGGGCGGUCCCCAAAAUCUAGCAAUGAAGCAACUCCGGCAACUGCCAACGGUGACAGUGGUGGCGGCCGGUGGGAUUCAGACAAUGAGGGAAAGAAGGGGCAUGAAUGA